GUUUGUGUCAGUAAGGACUUGAAAGGUUGUGGCCGGUGAGAAGCCGUGUGCCGGGACUGAGCGCGCCGGGCAGGCCACCACCCUGGUCAUGCCGUAGACCGCGGCCAGCAGAGAUGUGGGGAGCCGUGGUGUUUCUGGACACGUGUGUGAUCCUCUCCACAGUCUUCAGUACAGCAGGUGCCACUCAGCAGCGUCAGGUCCAGGCCCAGGUGGGACACAGCGUGAAGAUGCAAUGUGUGGUGCCUGUACCCAAUAUCACCCAGUGGGGGACGUUCCGACUCUUCCUGCAGAAACGGCUGCUCUUUUCCAACCCAAAAGUGGUGUUUUCUUUCGCAAAUGGUCAAGAACAGCCAGAUCAUCAGGACUGGGCCUACAAGAACCGCUGCCGCCUCUCUAAAGAGAACCUCAGCCUGACCCUGUCACACAUCAGUCCCAGUGACGAGGGCGAGUACGACUGCACAGUCUUCCUACCAAAACGCUGGGGCUACCAGCUGGAGUACACGGGCCAGCUGCGCCUGUCCACGUGGGCUGACUACUCAAGGCCGCAGAUCUCCUUGUUCGAGGGCAGGGAUGGCGCACUUCACACAGCCGUUUGCUCCUCUAAUGGCGGCUACCCCAGGGGAGAUGUCGAGUGGUUUGUAAACCCUGGUAACCAGGAUCUCAGGAACAAGACGGAGACCUGGGCGGACAGCGACCCCCGGACCCUGCUGUACAACGUAUCGGGGCGUCUCACCCUCCCGAAAUCAGCCACCGGCUCCAUACACUGCUGUGUGGUAGGAGGGCACAAAACAGUGUGUAGCAACAAAAGGGGACUGUCAUCAGAAUUAUCCGGAGCUGGGAGAGGAGAGCCCAGGAGAAGCACAGCCCUCAUCUGCCUCGCUCUGAUGAUGUCACUCACCCUAUACACACUGCAACAAGUGGGCGCCCAGGUGCAUGCUGGGUAAUCCCCUCCUGCAGGACGGAGAGGCUUCUCUGACCUCUAAGAGGUCGUGAAUUAUUUUUACUCUGAAUCAUGAUGAUUCCUCAUUAAACCACAUACGAUCUCUAUUUACUGUCCAUAUGGAGGGCAAAAGAGUGAGGAUGAAGAGGGCCCAACAGGAAUGAAGUACACUGGCCAAUCAGAACAUGGGGGCCAGUGGGGACACUGACCAAUCAGAACGUAGAGAGCCCAGCGGAGAUGAAGGACAUUGACCAAUCAGAACGUAGGGGCCCAGUGGAGAUGAAGGACACUGACCAAUCACAAUAAAGACAGACCAGCGGAGAUGAAGGACACUGACCAAUCACAAUAAAGACAGACCAGCGGAGAUGAAGGACAUUGACCAAUCAGAACGUAGGGGCCCAGUGGAUAUGAAGGACACUGACCAAUCACAAUAAAGACAGACCGGCGGAGAUGAAGGACACUGACCAAUCACAAUAAUAACAGACCAGUGGAGAUGAAGGACACUGACCAAUCACAAUAAAGACAGACCAGUGGAGAUGAAGGACACUGACCAAUCACAAUAAAGACAGACCGGCGGAGAUGAAGGACACUGACCAAUCACAAUAAAGACAGACCGGCGGAGAUGAAGGACACUGACCAAUCACAAUAAAGACAGACCGGCGGAGAUGAAGGACACUGACCAAUCACAAUAAAGACAGACCGGCGGAGAUGAAGGACACUGACCAAUCACAAUAAAGACAGACCGGCGGAGAUGAAGGACACUGACCAAUCACAAUAAAGACAGACCAGCGGAGAUGAAGGACACUGACCAAUCACAAUAAAGACAGACCAGCGGAGAUGAAGGACAUUGACCAAUCAGAACGUAGGGGCCCAGUGGAUAUGAAGGACACUGACCAAUCACAAUAAUAACAGACCAGUGGAG